UUGUCAUUGUUGUCAUUCUUGUUUUCCCCCUUUUUCCGGUUUACGUGCUUGCUAGUGGACACAUUUCGUGAAGGAUAAUUCGCCAAAAUGGUCCAGCGACUGACGCUUCGACGACGCUUGUCGUACAACACCAAGUCCAACAAACGCCGUAUUGUUCGCACGCCUGGUGGACGUCUGGUGUACCUGUAUGAGAAGAAACGCCGCACUCUCCCGAAAUGCGGUCACUGCAAGAAGGAACUGAGCGGUAUCAAGCCAUCCCGGCCGUGUGAACGCCCGCGUAUGAGCCGCCGUCUGAAGACCGUUACUCGUACGUUCGGUGGUGUACUGUGUCACCGUUGCCUGCGUGAGCGCAUCAUCCGUGCAUUCCUGAUCGACGAACAGAAGGUCGUAAAGGUGCUACGCGCUCAGCAACAGGCCAAGCCUGUCAACAAACCAGCCAAGGUUCCGAAGGUCACCAAGCCGACGAAAGCCAGUACCGGCAAAUCGAAGUAAGGUGGUGUAUGCGUCCCGACGGGUUUAAUGCCCGCGCACGCACGAGGAUGCCGAAGGAUGUUGAUGCGCCUGUGUGUGUGUGUACAAGUUAAGAAAUCACUCUGAAAAGAACUAUAAACACAUAACAGUUGGUACGGA